UUCAAUUGUAAGGCGACCUCGCACUCCUUACCGUAGGAGAAUUUCCUUGCAUUUUUGAACAACUUGAAGAAUGAUGAGCACCUCUCGCUUAGUUUGGAGAUGAAGAGGUUUAACCUAAUGACUCGGGAAAUGAGUUGCUAUACUUCCUUGCUUUCUUUGGAGACAACAUCUUUAGGAUUUCCCUCAUCUUGUCUAGGUUCACAUUGAUAUCCUCUGGGUGAGUAGGAAGCCUUAGAACUUGCUUAACCUUGCACCAAAGACACACUUUAGGGGAUUAAUCUCAUAUUAUAUCUCUUGAGGGUGGAAAAUGUCUCCUUCAGAUCUUGUAUGUGUUUGUUUUGUGGCUUGCUCUUCACCAAUAGAUCAUCCACACGCAUCUUUAUAUUCUUUUUUAUAUGGUCUCGGAAGACUAUCUCUCUGGUGUGUUGUCUAAGGAGGCUGCCGCUGGCGACAAGAAGAAGAAGAAGAAGAAGAAGAAGAAGAAGAAGGGAAGUGAGACCUACAAGAUCUACAAAGGAGAAGAAGUCGAAAGCCGAGUACCCCCUUUAGAAAAACCUAACAAUUCCCUUACUCUCGAUCUCUCAUGGAGCCCAAGGUCGAGAAGAAGCCCGUGGAGAAGAAGCCGUCCGCCGAGAAGCUGAUAGAGGAGAAGGAGAAGAAGUCAGAAGACGAGAAGGCGCCGGUUGGAAUGAAGCCGAAGGCUAAGAAGUGUCUGCCGUCUAAGGAGGCUGCUGCCGGCGACAAAAAGAAGAAGAAAAACAAGAAGGGAAGUGAGACCUACAAGAUCUACAUCUUUAAAGUCUUAAAGCAGGUUCAUCCUGUUAUCAGAAUCUCGAGCAAAGCGAUGAGCAUCAUGAAUUCGUUCAUUAUUGAUAUUUUUGAGAAGCUCGCUCAGGAGACGUCUCGGCUUGCGCGUUAUAAAAAGGAGCCGAUGUUCACAUCCAGGGAGAUCCAGACUUCGGUUCACUUUGUGCUUCCUAGUGAGCUUGCUAAGCAUUCUGAUUCGGAGGGCACAAAGGCGGUUACCAAGUUUACCAUCUCUUAA